UGUAUUUCUAGUAACACAGACGGCACCUGGAAUUUAAACAUUAAGGAGUCGGAGGAAGUGUGUUUAUAGCAAAGACACAUUCUAAUACAGAGAAACAGAUAAUUUUGAAAUGAUUAAAGCGAUUUUGGUUUUCAAUAAUCAUGGCAAACCCAGACUUAUCAGAUUUUACCAGUAUUUUCCUGAAGAUAUGCAGCAGCAGAUCAUCAGAGAGACCUUUCACUUGGUCUCCAAAAGAGAUGACAAUGUUUGUAACUUCUUAGAAGGAGGCAGUUUGAUAGGUGGUUCAGAUUACAAACUUAUCUACAGGCAUUAUGCUACCCUGUAUUUCGUCUUCUGUGUGGAUUCUUCUGAGAGUGAACUGGGGAUUCUUGAUCUCAUACAGGUCUUUGUGGAAACCCUUGAUAAGUGCUUUGAAAAUGUUUGUGAGCUGGACCUAAUUUUUCAUAUGGAUAAGGUUCAUUAUAUUCUUCAGGAGGUUGUGAUGGGGGGAAUGGUUCUGGAAACAAAUAUGAAUGAAAUUGUGGGUCAAGUAGAAAAUCAAAGCCGCCUGGAAAAAUCUGAGGGAGGCUUAUCGGGAGCUCCAGCCAGGGCUGUGUCUGCUGUAAAGAAUAUGAACCUUCCGGAAAUUCCCAGAAACAUCAAUAUUGGCGACAUCAACAUCAAAGUUCCUAAUCUUUCUCCUUUUGUUUAAAAAGCACCCUGGACACAUAGCAAUAGUCCAUAUCAUUUCCCUCAGCAAAUAAUCAUUUACAUUGCCACUGAAAAAUUGGCCUUGUUAUAAGAAUGUAUGUAACUUUAAUUUACUACUGGUUGUUUAUUUCAUUUGUGUAAGUUUCUCUUUCGUCUUCCACAUGAAGAAGGAAAGAAAAGUUCAGAAAGUAAUAUAAGGUAUAUCAUGAAUUGGCUCAUCUUAUGCACUAUAUGGCCAAAAAUGUGUGGGCACCCAUCCAAAUUGUUGAAUUCAGGUGUUUCAGUAAGCCAUUGUUAACAGGUAUACAGUAAUCCCUCCUCCAUCGCGGGGAUUGCGUUCCAGAGCCACCCUCGAAAUAAGAAAAUCCGCGAAGUACAAACCAUAUGUUUAUAUGGUUAUUUUUAUAUUGUCAUGCUUGGGUCACAGAUUUGCACAGAAACACAGGAGGUUGUAGAGAGACAGGAACGUUAUUCAAACACUGCAAACAAACAUUUGUCUCUUUUUCAAAAGUUUAAACUGUGCUCCAUGACAAGACAGAGAUGACAGUUCCGUCUCACAAUUAAAAGAAUGCAAACAUAUCUUCCUCUUCAAAGGAGUGCGUGUCAGGAGCAGUGACUGUCACAGAGAUAGAGAGAAAAGCAAACAAAUCAAUAGGGCUGUUUGGCUUUUAAGUAUGUGAAGCACCGUGGCACAAAGCUGUUGAAGGCGGCAGCUCACACCCCCUCCGUCAGGAGCAGAGAAAGAGAGAGAUAGAGAGAGACAGAGUUUGUUUUUCAAUCAAAAAUCAAUACGUGCCCUUCGAGCUUUUAAGUAUGCGAAGCACCGUGCAGCAUGUCGCUUCAGGAAGCAGCUGCACAGAAGGUAGCAACGUGAAGAUAAUCUUUCAGCAUUUUUAGACAAGCGUCCGUAUCGUCUAGGUGUGCGAACAGCCCCCCUGCUCAAUCCUCCUACGUCAGGAUCAGAGAGAGUCAGCGCAAGAGAAAGAGAAAAGUAAGUUGGGUAGCUUCUCAGCCAUCCACCAAUAGCGUCCCUUGUAUGAAAUCAACUGGGCAAACCAACUGAGGAAGCAUGUACCAGAAAUUAAAAGACCCAUUGUCCGCAGAAAUCCGCGAACCAGCAAAAAAUCCGCGAUAUAUAUUUAAAUAUGCUUACAUAUAAAAUCCGUGAUGGAGUGAAGCCGCGAAAGGCGAAGCGCAAUAUAGCGAGGGAUUACUGUAAUGUAAUCAAGCACAUAGCCAUGCAAUCACCAUUGGUAAUCAUGGCCAAUAGCAUGGGUCAUACUAAAGAGCUCAGUGACUUUAAAUGUGGCACUGUUAUAGAAUGCCACCUUUGCCACAAGUCAGUACAUUAAAUUUCUGCUCUCCUAGAUAUGUGCCAGUCAACUGUAAGUGUUACUAUUGUGAAGUGGAAGCAUCUAAGCACAAUAGCAGCUCAGCCAUGAAGUUACAGACCAUGCAAACACAUAUAGCAGGACUGCCAAGCGCUGAAGCGCAUUGCGGGUAAACGUCACCAAUCUUCUGCUGCAUCAUUCACUACAAAGUUCCAAAAUGCCUAUAAUAAUAAUAAUAAUUAUUAUUAUUAUUAAAAUGCCUGUAGUCAUCUCGUCCAACAUUAGUACCUAACGUCACAAUUGCUCUUUUGGCUGAAUGGGCACAAACACCCACAGACACACUCCAAAAUCUUGUGGGAAACCUUCCUAGUACAGUGGAGACUAUUGUAGCCUCAACGUGGGAGGUCAAUCCUAUAUUAAUGCCCAUAAUUUUGGAAUGGGAUGCCCAACAAGCCCUUAUAGGUGUGAUGAUCAGGUGUCCUCAAGCCUUUGGCCAUGUAGUGUAUUUGUGUUGUUAAUGGCGUGACCAAUCCUGAGCCCACAGUAAUGAAGUGUCUUUUUAAUGUUAGAUUCUCAGUAGAAACUUGAAAAAUUGUUAUUAAAAAGGAAAAACAGAAUUAUAAUUAGGUGUCAAAGUGAAAACCGUGAUAAGUGCUAGUUUUAAUAAUUUAUGCAAAAUAUUUGUUUUAUUGAAAAUUGCAUCAACAAGUUAAUUUCUUUUCAGUUACAAUAAAGCCAUGACCUUAGUGAUGUGCCCCUUUUCACAGGUGAGGCUUCAAAAUAUUUCUGACCCAUUUUAUAAGUAUUGUGUUUUGCUACUGCAUUCAGUCAUUGAAGAACUCUUCUUAUUCCCUUUAUAUUAAUUCAGUCAUUUAAUCUUCCAUGUGAAGAUAGAUUUAGUAUGAAAAUAUCUCAAGGUUAAAAUUGCAGUCAUUUCCAUCAACUAUUUAUUUAUGCUGACUUAAACAUUUAUUUUGCCAUGGCUGCUGUAAUUAGCCAUUUAUAAUGUGAAACAUUGUCUUCUAGGUAUGUAAAUGAUAAUGAUGGCUUUUUAUUUAUCAUAUUUCCAGAAAGUUUCAAAUAUAUCCCAUUCUUUUUUUCUUUUUUUUUUAUUCAAUAUUACUACAAUACCAAUAUUUUUGUCUGCGGUGAAUUUAAAAUUAUAAAUACAAAUACCUUGUAGGUUUUGUAAAAGUCAGCACUUAAAAAGUGCUUUGCACUACUGAUAUUUUUGCCAACAGUAGACGUUUAGAUUGAUUUUGUCAGCCGUGUCAGUCUAUCAAUCUGUCACUCUUUAGUUAAUCUUAGUAUUUUCACAGAGAGAACCAUCACAAGGAGCCAUAUAAAGUAAAGAUGUGUGGUAUGAAGUGACACACGUUAAAGAUUUACAGUGGAUUAUUUAAAUACAACACAGAUGAUAAGGAGAUACAAGAGAUUUAGUAAUAAUAAAAACUUGUCUGAAAGCUUCAUCUUGAAUGAAAAUACCAGACUUCAUGCAUAGAUAGUCAAAAUGCAAUAUAGCCUACUCUUAUAAGAAAAUACACGACAUAGUAUACUGUAAUAUGUGACUUCAUCAUAGCCAUAAUGUAUUUUCUAUUUUGUGUUGGAGAUUUCAUUGUAUCUAAAAUGUUUUGUUAUAAAAAAAACACUAAUAAUCACAUUUUUUAAUUUACUAUGACAUUAUUUUAGCAUUUUUGAAGCAAUUAAACAAUACUUGAAUUUAUUUUUUAUUUUUAUGUUACCUUAAAAGUACCAUGUUUUUUAUCCUUUCUUUGUUUUAAUAUUUUUCUAUUAUGUUUUUAUCUAAACGUUUUUUGUAUUGACCAAAUAUUCUAAAUGUGCACUACAUUCAGUAGCAUUUGUAUGAUGCCAUUGUCUUUUUUUUUUUUGAACUACUGAAUAACAUGUAAGUACAGAGUCUGUUUGCUCUCAUUUAUUUGAUUUUUGAAGGUUUUCAUUAAAGACAGAUAAAAUUAGAUUA